AUGGUCCUUCAUCUAUCACGCUCGACACGGCUGAGCAUUGUGAUUGGGAUAUCGACAUGUUUCUUCUUGGCUGAGAUUUCGCUGGGCUUUUACACCCACUCUAUUGCUCUGGUUGCGGAUGCUUUCCACUAUCUUAAUGACUUGGUUGGGUUUAUCAUUGCUCUUGUUGCAUUGAAGAAAUCCGAGCGCAGCGAUUCGCCUAAGGAGCUUACUUUUGGUUGGCAGCGGGCCCAGCUGCUCGGUGCAUUCUUCAACGGUGUUCUUCUACUUGGGUUGGGUAUUAGUAUAUUCUUGCAGUCCAUUGAGAGAUUUAUUGCUUUGCAACAUGUUCAAAAUCCCAAGCUGAUGUUUAUCAUUGGGUGUGUCGGAUUGAGCCUAAAUAUCAUCAGCGUAGUCUUUCUUAACGGCAAGGUUCCUGGGGUCGUUUACCUAGAACAUGGACCUGGACAUGAACACAGUCAUGACCAUAGCCUACCACCCAUAAUUGAGACGCCGACUCUUCAUCUGGGCGAGGAACAUUAUGAUUCCAGCAUCAAGCAUCACGAUCACAAACAUGUUCAUUUCGAAAAACAUCACUGCGCAGACUCGGGUGGCCACAGUCAUGGGCAUGGUGGUCAUGACCACGGUGAUCUUGGAAUGAUGGGAGUGAUGAUUCAUGUUAUUGGUGAUGCAAUCAAUAACCUGGGCGUCAUGGCUGCCGGUCUAGUUAUCUGGCUCGCAGCACCCCAUGCCGGCCGAUACUAUGCCGACCCCGGCGUGAGCAUGUUUAUUGCCAUUCUCAUCAUUCUGUCAUCGUUUCCUCUGAUGCGCCGAGCCGGAAUGAUCCUACUAGAGAGUGUGCCAACGGGAGUUGACAUGUCCGAUGUGAAACAUGACCUCGAAAAGAUCAAGGGCGUGGACUCCAUCCACGAACUCCACAUCUGGCGCCUCAACCAACAAAAAACACUCGCCUCAGUGCACGUUGUUGUGUCCGAGGAUUCGGUCGAGGAGUUUAUGAAGACAGCCCAAGUGAUCAACGAGUGUUUCCACGCCUAUGGAAUCCACUCGAUUACAAUGCAACCCGAGUUGUCGGAAGUUGAUUCCCAUGAAACUUCCCGGUGCCAGAUUGUCUGCGGGACACCAAUGGUCGAGUCAACUCGAUCACCAUCUUCCUUGGUCUAG